UUUGUUCCGAAAGACAAGAUGGCACUUUGUGCUUGCAGGAACCUGGCACCUUCCCUCAAGAAGUGGCUGAUCGGCUCCUCCGGACUAUGGCAAAUCACGGGGUCCUGAACGACGGAACGGUGGGCAUCUUCCGGGGCAACCAGAUGCGCCUGAAGCGGGCCUGCAUCCGGCGAGCCAAGAUCUCCGCCGAGGCCUUCCGCCGAGCCUUCUGCCACCACAAGCUGGUGGAACUGGACGCCACCGGGGUGAACGCGGACGUCACCAUCACGGACAUCGUCAGCGGGCUGGGCAGCAGCAAGUGGAUCCAGCGGAACCUGCAGUGCCUGGUGCUGAACUCGCUGACGCUGUCGCUGGAGGACCCGUACGAGCGCUGCUUCGGCCAGCUGGCCGGCCUGCGGGCCCUGAGCAUCACCAACGUCCUCUUCUACAACGAGGACCUGGCGGACGUGGCCUCGCUGCCCAGGCUGGAGAGCCUGGACAUCUCCAACACCUCGGUCACCGACCUCACGGCCCUGCUGGCCUGCAAGGGGCGGCUGAAGUCCCUGACCAUGCAUCACCUGAAGUGCCUGAAGAUGACCACCUCCCAGAUCCUGGACGUGGUCCGGGAGCUGCGGCACCUCAGCCACCUGGACAUCUCCGACGACAAGCAGUUCACCUCGGACAUAGCCCUGCGCCUGCUGGAGCAGAAGGACGUCCUGCCCGCCCUCCUGUCGCUCGACGUGUCCGGGCGGAAGCACGUGACCGAUAAAGCGGUCGAGGCCUUCGUCCGGCAGCGGCCGGCCAUGCAGUUCGUGGGCCUGCUCGCCACCGACGCGGGCCACUCGGAGUUCCUCAGCGGCGAAGGGCACCUGAAGGUGUCUGGCGAAGCCAAUGAGACUCAGCUUUCGGAAGCGUUGAGGCGGUACAGCGAACGGGCGUUCUUUGUCCGCGAAGCGCUCUUUCACCUUUUCAGCCUGACCCACGUCAUGGAGAGAACGAAGCCGGAAAUCUUAAAGCUCGUGGUGAUUGGAAUGAGGAACCAUCCAAUGAAUCUGCCAGUGCAGUUAGCGGCAAGCGCCUGUGUUUUUAACUUAACCAAGCAGGAACUGGCAGUGGGAAUGCCUGUGCGUCUGCUGGCUGACGUCACCCAUCUACUCCUCAAAGCGAUGGAACACUUUCCUAAUCACCAGCAGCUACAGAAAAACUGCCUUCUUUCGCUCUGCAGUGACAGGAUCCUUCAGGACGUCCCAUUUAACAGGUUUGAAGCUGCCAAGCUUGUUAUGCAGUGGCUGUGCAACCACGAAGACCAGAACAUGCAGAGAAUGGCGGUGGCUAUCAUCUCCAUCUUGGCCGCCAAGCUCUCAACUGAACAAACUGCACAACUUGGGGCCGAGCUCUUCAUCGUCAGGCAACUUUUGCAGAUCGUGAAGCAGAAAACCAACCAAAACUCAGUGGACACGACCCUGAAGUUCACUCUGAGCGCCCUUUGGAACCUCACGGAUGAAUCCCCAACCACGUGCCGGCACUUUAUUGAAAACCAGGGGUUAGAGCUCUUCAUGAGAGUCCUGGAGUCUUUCCCGACCGAAUCAUCGAUUCAGCAGAAAGUCCUUGGCCUCCUGAACAAUAUAGCCGAAGUCAAAGAAUUGCAUUCUGAGCUAAUGUGGAAGGACUUCAUAGAUCAUAUCAGCAAGUUACUGCACAGCGUGGAGGUGGAAGUCAGUUACUUUGCAGCUGGGAUCAUCGCCCACUUGAUAUCCAGAGGCGAACAAGCCUGGACCCUGAGUUGCGCACAGAGAAACUCUCUUCUGGAUGAUCUGCAUUCAGCUAUCUUGAAAUGGCCGGCUCCGGAAUGUGAGAUGGUAGCCUACAGGUCCUUCAACCCAUUUUUCCCACUACUUGGCUGUUUCUCAACUCCAGGGGUUCAGCUCUGGGCAGUAUGGGCCAUGCAGCACGUCUGUAGCAAAAAUCCUUCAAGGUACUGCAGCAUGCUCAUUGAAGAAGGAGGACUGCAACAUUUAUACAACAUCAAGGAGCAGGAUCAGACUGAUCCACACGUCCAGCGGAUUGCCGUCGCCAUCCUAGACAGUUUAGAAAAUCACAUUGUACGACACGGGAGGCCACCCCCGAGAAAAAAGCCACCUCAAGCCAGACUCAACUGAUAGAAGUGAUUACGGAACGGAGCGUCGUGGAGAUCGCCUUCGCGAUGGCGCUGCUCCUUCAGGUCUUGGCUUUCCCCAUCUCCGCGCCGUGUCAGCAUGGCCUGUUGACGACGCCUGCUUAUUGCCCAGAGUCCUCCCCUCCGGAAACGGCUCGGUGGGGACGGGGGAAGGGACGGGGGAUGCUGGGGGCAAACGUGGAAAAUGAAAUGAAAAGGAACUUCCCGGGAAUUGACGGGGCCGGGAGGAUCGGGCUUGGAUUUCCGCCAAGGUGUAGUUUGUGGAAUUACCUGUCCGGAGCCCCCGACCCGUGUGUGUGUGGGGGGGACCAGUCCGCCUCUUCCCAGAAUGACUGCUUUGCUCUGGGCUCCGCCAUAAACUAUUAUUUCCUCAACAUGUCAGUGGAAAACUUACAAACACCCCGUGGAAAAAGCUGCCUGUUCGCCUCAUCACCAUGAAAAUGUGAAUUUUUAUAAAAAUGCCCAUG